AGAAGGUGUGAUGGCAAGAACGGAUUGUUAGCUUUAGCGGCACAUUUAUACCAUUAAUUUUCACUUGCAGUGCUAAAAAAGAAUGAAUUUUUCCCGGUUCUUGUCUAACCUCGCGCCAUCCACCACCACUUCCAGGAACAAUCUGCUCAAACUUCAUCAAAGGUUUCAACUUUCCACCUCCUCCAUUAAAGGCAAGAAACCCAGAGAGAGUGAGUCCCAGAAUCUCACCCCACUCUUCUAUGAAAUCCGUGACAUUUUGUAUUCAGAGAAUAAGACUAGUGUUCAAGAAGAAUCUGGGUCUUCUUUACGAGGAAGAACCCAGCCUCAGGAUGCGGGUGACACUGCAGGGAAAACACCUUGCACACUAGAUGUUUGUGAAAAUGCCACUGAAAAGGGAGGAUUGCUCUCUUCUAACGAUAAGCAAAUGGGGGCCUCGGGUGAUUAUGAUGUUAGCCCGAUUGUUCAUAAAAUUACUGGAAUUGUUAGGGAUGAGAAUGAAGUUGUGUCAAUGGAAGAGCGGUUGCAGAAUGCAUGUUUUGAGUAUAGUGGUGAGAUUGUUGAGAUGGUGUUGAAGAGGUGCUUCAAGGUUCCUCAUUUAGCUUUCAGGUUCUUCAAUUGGGUGAAAUCAGUGGAAGGGUUCCGCCACAACACGCGGACGUAUAAUGUGAUGAUUUAUAUGGCUGCAGAGGCAAAGGAUUUCGGUCUGGUUGAUGCACUGUUGGAGGAAAUGGGGAAGAAUUCGUGCGAGAAAAAUAUAAAGACGUGGAGCAUUGUCAUUUCCCAUUGUGGGGACGCAAAGUUAAUUGGAAAAGCCCUGUUAGUCUUUGAAAGGAUGAAGAAACAUGGCCCCAAACCAGAUCUAUUGGCUUAUAAACUUAUGUUGAAUGCCCUUUGCAAUGCCGGAAAGGCAGACAUUGCAUUUGAAUUCUACAAGGAAAUGAGCAAUGAUGGCAUGCUGCUGGAUGAGCGUUUGUUCAAGAAGUUACUACAAUGCUUGGCUGCGUCUGGAGAUGCCUUUCAAGCACAUAAGAUUGGUGAGGACAUGAUCAGAACAUUAGAAGUCUCAGAACAUGAAGUCUAUGGUUUGAUGCUCAAGAGCCUAUGUGUUACAGGUAGGAUAAGAGAAGCUUUAGAAUUGAUUCGUGAAAUGAUGAAUAAGAAUGUAAACCUUGAGUUUGAAGAUUUUGAGACAUUGGUGAAAGGACUGUGCAAGGCAGGAAGAAUUAAUGAUGCAUUGGAGGUUGUUGAUAUAUCCAAGAAAAGAAAUGCAGGAAAUAAUAAUCUUUAUGAUAUUAUAGUCCAUGCAUACUUGAUGAUAAACGAAUUUCCAAAAGCACUGGAUCUAAUGCAAAGGAUCAAAGAUUUGGGGCAAGUACCCACAGUGGCUACCUAUACUGCUUUGAUAACACACUUUUUCAGGAUAAAUGAGUUCCAGAAAGCUGUGGGACUCUAUCAUGAGAUGAUUGAAAUAGGAGUUGAUUUGGAUUGUGCGGCGAUGACUGCUGUUAUUACAGGCUACCUGCGCCAAAAUUGCAUAUUUGAAGCAUUUGGAGCUUUCAGGAUCAUGAAGGAUAGGGGAAUAAAACCCAGUAAGAAAUUUUACAGAAUUUUCUUCAAGGAGCUCAUCAAAGUUUCUGGUACAAAUGAUAUUCUAAAAAUAUUUAAGGAAAUGGAAGAAGCCUCUGAACUUGAACCUGGAGAUGAAUUCAUUCAACAGGUCACGUCUUAUUUGAAGAGGAAAGGAGAGGUGGAUAAGCUUAACGAGAUAAAGCAUAUUCAGGGGAACCGGAAUUGUAAAGCCCAUCCCGUAGGGAACGUUGAAAAGAAUAAAGCGAAACAAGAUCAGAUUCCUUCGGAUCAUCAACAUGAUGUUUGCCAAAUCAGUCAAAUUUUGUCAUCUUCCAUGGAUUGGUGGUCUAUAAAAGAGCAAUUGGAGAAAUGCUGUAUACAGUUCACACCAGAAGUUGUUGUUGAAAUUCUGCAUAACUCUAGACUCCAUGCUGGCAUGGCAUUACAGUUUUUCUCAUGGGUAGGGAACCACACUGGUUAUAGACACACAACAGAAUCCUACAACAUGGCCAUUAAGAUUGCAGGACAGGCCAAGGACUUCAAACAUAUGAGAAGCCUAUUUUAUGAAAUGAGGAGAAAGGGGUGCUUGAUAACAAGUGACACUUGGACUAUCAUGAUAAUGCAAUAUGGACGAACAGGCCUCACCCACAUUGCUCUCCGAACUUUUCGGGAAAUGAAAGAAAGAGGGCACAGCCCUAAUGAAAGUACAUUUAAGUUUUUGAUCAAAUGCCUUUGUGGAAAGAAGGGUAGGAACGUUGACGAAGCAGUAAAGUUAUUCCAUGCAAUGAUCAAAAGGGGUUGCAGACCUGAUAAAGAGCUAGCUGAAGCCUACCUAAGCUGUCUGUGUGAAGUUGGAAAGUUAUCUGAUGCCAGAAGCUGUAUUGCAUCUCUACAGAAAACCGGUUUCACCGUUCCUUUAAGUUAUUCUUUGUGUGUUCGGUCUCUUUGCCAAGUAGGGAGGUUGGAGGAGGCCAUUCAAUUGAUUAAUGAAGUUGAUGGUGAUGAUGAACAGCUUACCCUGGCUAAGAACACAUAUGGAAGUGUAAUCCAUGGACUACUGAAAAGGGGAGAUUUAAAAGCAGCAUUGGCAAAAAUAGAAUCUAUGAAACAGAUUGGGGUCCCACCCUCUAUACAUACAUAUACAUCUUUGAUAGUACACUACUUCAAGGAGAAACAAAUAGAAAAAGUUUUGGGAUGUCUUGAGGAGAUGAAAGAGUCUGGUUGUGAGCCAACACUCGUCACUUACUCUGCACUCUUUCGCGGCUAUGGUAGGUCAGUCUGAAGAAGCCCUCCAAC